UGCUGAAACAACCUCGUGAAUCAACUAAUAAGGCACAGAAACGCUCUGGACCCACAGUCACUCGGGUUACAGUCAACACAGCGUGUAAAACACUGGUCUGAAUUCACCCAUAACACAGCAGCCACCUUCUCUCCUGCCCGGACCGUCCGCAGCUUUUCUCCGCGCACUGCGCUGACUCUGCAGAAGGAAAUCAUCGGGGGAGUGUAGGAAGGCGUUUUUUUUGCGUUUUUCUCAAGGUAGGACAAGCAGUUACAGCCCAGCUUCUGGUUGCCAGAGAUCCCCACUGUCUCCUUGACUUCUUCCGUUUACGGUUUGGGAAAAGAAGAGGGGACAGAGUGUCGUGUGGUGGCGCGUUCCUUUCCGUGAGACCGACGCGUUUCCAAACGUCUUAACGCGCGUUUUUUUCAACGAAGCAGCGAGGACACAGAGAUUCUCGGGAUUAAAAAAACAGUGAUUGUUUUCCUGCGUUGCAGCUAAAACUGUCAUAAACUGCGAUGAUAAGUUUGUGAAAAGAACACCGACCGCGAAUCACCUCAGACUGCGUGCAGCACUGAAGAGGAGAAAGUUCCCCACUUGAGGGCGAAAUCAGACUUUUUUGAGGACGCCAAGUUUGAAAAGUGCCAGGAGCCCCGGGGUCUGUCAGAUACAACAUGCAGAAAUGUCCAAGGAGGCAGAGUUGGAUGUGAGAAGCAGUGAGUGCGACACAGUCCCACAAGAGCCCAGCACAGACCCAGAGCCGCCCAGGCCACCUCCAGCUCAGGCUAACGGACCCACCGGCACCGCUGGCGAUUGCACGAGCAUCCCCUCCAGUAGCCACAGUAGCAGCAGCACCAGCAGCAGCAGCAGCAGAAGUGGUCUGGGUGGCAUUAGCAUCGUUAGCAGCAGCGCUGAGGGAGCAGGCGAAAGCUCCAUGCAGUUCAGCACCAGACCGCCUAGUGCUGAGCAGCCGGGCUUCAUGGGGACAUGGCAGCAGCAGAGCACUGACAGCAACCUCCUCUACAGAAUGUCCCAGCAGGGUGCUGUAACGCGGCUUCCUUUGAAGUGCGACAGGUCGACUAUGGGCCGAGACCUGGAAGAGGCCAUUCGCUGCACACUGGUGAACUGCACAUGUGAGUGUUUCCAGCCAGGGAAGAUUCACCUACGGACAUGUGACCAGUGCAAGCAUGGCUGGGUAGCUCACGCUUUGGACAAGCUCAGCACCCAGCACCUGUACCACCCGACCCAGGUGGAGAUCGUUCAGUCCAAUGUGGUGUUCGACAUCAGCAGCCUGAUGCUGUAUGGCACCCAGGCCGUACCCGUCAGGCUCAAGAUCCUUCUCGACCGCCUCUUUUCCGUGCUGAAGCAGGAAGAGGUGCUGCACAUCCUGCAUGGCCUGGGCUGGACCCUCCGAGACUACGUCAGGGGCUACAUACUGCAGGAUGCUGCAGGCAAGGUGCUGGACCGCUGGACCAUCAUGUCCCGAGAAGAGGAGAUCAUCACCCUGCAGCAGUUCCUGCGCUUUGGUGAGACCAAGUCCAUUGUGGAGCUGAUGGCCAUUCAGGAGAAGGAAGGUCAGGCAGUUACAGUUCCCUCCUCCAAGACAGACUCCGGGAUUAGGACAUUCAUUGAAAGCAACAACAGGUCCCGCAGCCCAGGGCUCCUGACACAUCUGGAAAACAGUAGCCCAUCCAGCAUUCAUCAUUUUGAGAAUAUUCCUAACAGCUUAGCCUUCCUCCUGCCCUUCCAAUACAUCAACCCAGUCUCUGCCCCCAUGCUCGGCUUACCCCCCAAUGGCUUACCUAUGGAGCAGUCUGCUCUCCGGCUUCGGGAGCCCAGCCUGCCAAACCAAGGUGAACAGGUGGAUACCAGUGAGUCAGAAGUUUCCCUGUCACCCUUCCGCACAGGCCAGAGCCCUAGCCGUGGAGCCCUGGGAGCCAUGAACAACAUUGAACCCAAGACAGAGCCCAACAACAGGGCAUCACCCAUCUCACCAACCCCUUCCACCCAGCAGGCUCAACAACAGCAGCAACAACAGACACAGCUCCAGCAGCAACAGCAGCAGGGCCAACAGCAGUCCCAGUCCCAACCUCAGCAACCCAACAGCUUGGGUGACCACCAAGUCCACCAUCACUUUGUAAAGGAUGAGCACUCUAAAACUAUCACCCAUGCUUCAUUUUCCUCCAAGAUGCAUCGCAUGCGUCGCAUGGGAUCCACCUCACGGAAGGGUCGUGUGUGCUGCAACUCUUGUGGCAAAACCUUUUAUGACAAAGGCACGCUUAAGAUACAUUAUAAUGCUGUACACCUGAAGAUUAAACACCGUUGCACCAUUGAGGGCUGCAAUAUGGUCUUCAGCUCACUACGCAGCCGCAACCGCCACAGUGCCAAUCCAAAUCCACGGUUGCACAUGCCCAUGCUGCGCAAUAACCGUGACAAGGACCUCAUUCGUGGCAAUUCAACCCCUGGUACACCUGUCAUCUCAAGCACCAAGAAUGGUGGCUUCACACUCACCAGCCCUGGAAGGCCACCACUUGGCUUCACUACUCCACCAGUAGACUCUAUGCUUCAGUCACCCCUACAAAGCCCACUGGUAUUCCCCUCCUUGAAGUCAGUGCAGCCAGUCCAGCCAGUGCCCCCAUUCUACCGUACACUAUUGUCCCCUGCAGACCUUGUCAGUCCUCCAGUGUCACUGCCCACCAGCCCCAUCCUGCCCACCACCACCAACAGUACCACCCUGAUGGACCAACAACAGAUCCUGGCUGCUGCAGCUGCGGCUUCGCACAAUAAUGUCCAUAUGUCAGAGGCAGGAGCCAUGUCCCACCGCUUAAAUACACCUGGUGCCAAUCACGAUAUCACCACUGGCAGCAUAGACCCCACGCCCAAAAAGAAGCCUCGUAAAUCUAGCAUGCCAGUGAAGAUUGAGAAGGAAGUAAUUGAUGUGGCAGAUGAAUAUGAGGACAGAGAUGAUGAUGACGAUGAUAACCUACACCAUAAUCACCACCAUCACCAGUCCCUUCUUCACAACAGCAUCAAAAUGAAUGGUAACUGUAACAGCAACAACAACAGCGGCAGUGGUACUGGCAACCACAGUGGUGGAAGUGGACAGCAAUCCCCCUCCCAGGAUGAGAUGAGCCCUGGCUUAGCUCUGAGAGGCAUGUUGAGACAGAGUGAAGAUGAAUGCCGGGAAGGAACUGGUAGUGACAGCAGGGGUGGAAAUGAUCUCCAAGGCUCUGGCGAGCUACGUUGUAUGGACAGCUUCACCUCUGAGGACCAGGACCAUGAGAGAGACUUUGAGAAUGAGUCUGAAACCUCUGAUUCUAAAAUGUUCUACCGUGAUGAACUGAUAGAUGUGGAGGAACAGCAAAAACACAUCAGGGGCGGAAGGGGUCUGGACAAGGAACAGAACAAUGAGGGUGGUGAAGACACACAUUUGAGAAAGGAAAUGGAAGGCAAAGGCCAUUCCUCACCCUCCCCUCAUCAGCCCCCUAUCAAGAUCAAGGAAGAACUCAAUGAUCCUACUUACGACAUGUUCUGCAUGGGCCAGUAUGGCCUCUACAAUGGAGGCAUGGCUGCGGCUGCUGCCGCGGCCGCAAGCAUGGCUGCUCUACAUGAAAGUUUCAUCUCUUCAAUGAGCUACGGUGCAAGCCCACCCAAAUUCCCUUCUUCUCAAUCACCAGAGGGAGACCCAUGCUCAAGUCCUGACCCCAAGAUCUGCUAUGUUUGUAAGAAGAGUUUCAAGAGCUCUUAUAGCAUGAAACUGCACUACAAGAAUGUGCACCUCAAAGAGAUGCAUGUGUGCACUGUGGCUGGCUGCAACGCUGCCUUCCCUUCCCGGCGGAGCCGAGACAGGCACAGCUCCAACAUCAACCUGCACCGCAAACUGCUGACCAAAGAGCUGGACGACAUUGUCCUGGACCCCCAACUCACGCCACUGCCCAAGGACCUGCGAGCCGAGUUACUGGCCAAGAUCUACGCCGGGCACCACAUGGGCUUGGACCCUAUGGCCGGGAUGGGCAUCGGAGGCGGCAGCCUUGGGCCCACUGGUCUGAACCACAAUGUCCGUUCCCACACGAGCAUCGAGUAUCCCCACCACCUUCUCAACCAAAACCUUAAAAACCACCACACCAACGGCUUCUCCCGGGGCCAGCCAGACGACUACAUGGUGUUGGACCUGAGUACCACAUCCAGUGUUCAAUCCAGCAGCAGUAUCCACUCCUCACAUGAGUCAGAUGAGGGCAGCGAUGAAGGCAUCCUAUUGGAUGACCUGGAGGAGGAGGAGGGAGAAGAGGAUGAGGAGGAGGGCAACAGUGAGGGGGAGGACUGCUCCCAGCGUGCCGAGGGGCGGGCUGAAGGGAGGCAUCGGGAUGAGACUGGAGAACUAAGAGGAGAAGGACAUGGCGAGGGGUUGGGACCUUCCUCCUCACCAUUCCUUCUUUCAUCCACCGGGGGCAGUAACGGUGGCAGCAGUGGGAUCCUCUGCAGCAUCUGCCACAAAAUGUACAGCAACAAAGGGACCCUGCGUGUGCACUACAAGACUGUGCACCUGCGCGAGAUGCAUAAGUGCAAAAUCCCCGGUUGCAACAUGGUUUUCAGCUCUGUGCGCAGCCGUAACCGACACUCUCAGAAUCCCAACCUCCAUAAAAACAUGCCCUUCUCUACAAUAAUAGACUAAAUAAUGACUUGCUACUCUACCCUGCUGUCAGUCUGCCCGCUCCUCCCUUCAUUCCUCAUCCUUAUUCCUCCUCAAAUUAGCUUUUAACCCCAGCCCAGGGCCAUCAAAUACAAGCUAAAUGCCUGUAUGCCUCCUGCCCGUCCUCUGUAAGUCACUGCAAGACAUCUCUACGUCCCUCUAUAAAAUUCAUUGACUCUAAAUACAGUUUAUUAUCGUGACCUUUGACUUUUCCUCCUUUGGAAGAACAGGAUGACACUCUUGAGCAUAGAGUUUGCUUUAUAACAAAACUCCAGUUGCUGUUUUUUUUCCAUAAGCCCCUCCAUCUUUCCUUUCGGACGUCUCCCCACUUUGUUUUUAUGUCCGUCUCCAAAGAAUCUAUUCAAACUCUUAUUUGUGACUUUGCCUGCAGAAAUGAUAGUAUUGAAAAAAAAAAGAAAAUCUUCUUGUUGUAUUUGUGUAAUGAUAGCUUUUAAAUGAACCCCUUACAAAAGCAUGACAACUUCAUUUGUAAAUAAUGUCCCAAGAGGCUUUUGGUGUAAAAGAGUUGUGUUGAUGGUUGUUUGCUUCUUUUUUCUCUCUCUUUAUGGUUUUAUGUUACAGUCCAGUACAAUACUUCCAGCUAUAGGCAAGAAAGAGGUAGCAUCUUACUAGCUUGACUCAUUUAUGUUAGCUUCAAAGACACGUUUUAAACCGAGUCCUAGGGAAAAAAAAGAAUACCAUGUGGCUUGUUUUAUCUACUUGUUAGAUAUUCAGAGGUUGCCGGCAUGCUUUUUUAGGCUCCUACACUGAUAUCAUUCUCUGUAUUUCUAUUGAUUUCUUUUUGUCUGUUAUGUUUAUGAGCUUUAGUAUACCAAUUCAGUUUUUGCACUUUGCAUCUAUACAAGGGGAUGUGUAAUAUUAUUAUAAUGAGGACUUUGCAAUGGAAAGUUUAGGUCAUUGAUGGCUACAGUGCCAGGGGAAAUGACAGUACCUUCAACAUACUUGUGCCAGUUUCUUUUUGCACGCGCUCAGUUUCAAACACAGUUUCAAAAAAGAAAACAUCUUGCCUCCCUGAACAAAACCUGAGAUCUUCCCCCAUUGCUAAACAACGUGUUCAGAAAGUGUCUCCA